CAGAGAUAAAUCUAAUAUCGUCCUUUCCCUUGUCGUUUCGGUAUAGUCUCUAUUUUUAAAAAACAUGCAAUCAAAAAUAUCUCCCGUGGAAGCUAUAGUAAACGCUGCUAUUCUCGACAGCGCGCUAGAGCGUUUUUGUUUUUUUUCUGUGGGUGAGGGAAUCCCUAAACGUCAUCGCCUAGGAUACCAAAAAACAAAAACACCGUGCCAUGAACCAUAUAUGGGCUUCUACGUCAGCGGAACUCCAGUGAGGGGCGGAGACAGAGAGAUGUACUUACAACGGCUCAGAUGGCUUCAUUCAGAAGACCAGGGACGCCGGCACGCGCGCAACACGCUGUUUACUGAUCAAACUGGGGAGGCAUAUAUAUUUUUUCUUUUAUAUGGAUUUAUAAAUGCACACAACGAAUAAAAGGAACCUUUAAUUUUUUUUUAGGAGUUUUUCCCCCCCUCCAGACAGUGUGGACGUCUCCGCUUUGGAGUUGUAAACUUGUUUCCCAAACGCAGCACCGGAUUGACAUCUUAAUGCAACUUUUUUGGAAAGACACGAAAGGCAUCUUGACCGAGUCUAAGAGUAAAUCUCGCUACGGUGACGGUCCGUUUUGUCCGGGCGCGAGCGCGUACUCGGUUCCACUCGGCUGUGCCGGGGAGAUGUUCCAGGGGUUCCCCGGUGACCCGGACAGCGGCUCCCGUGGAAGUUCCUCUCCGUCGGUCGAAUCUCAGUACCUGUCUUCGGUGGACUCCUUCGGGAGCCCCUCCACCACCACUGCACCACAAGAGUGUGUAUCUGCCGCUGGAGGUGUAGGGGUGGGUGGUGGCACAGCUGGCAGCGCUCCAGGGGUGGACAUGCCUGGCUCCUUCAUUCCUACAGUGACUGCCAUCACCACAAGUCAGGACCUGCAGUGGAUGGUGCAACCAACCCUCAUCUCCUCUGUGGCACCAGGGCAGAGUGGUACAGGUACGACCACCAUGACCCAGUCUGUGGCCCUGGACCCAUAUGACAUGCCAGGGCCAAGCUUCUCCUCUGGCUCAGGCUUUACCUCUCCCAGCUCGGACACCCCAGGACCCAUGCGCCAGUCACGAAGCCGCAGGCGCACACGUGACGAAUCGCUGACUCCAGAGGAGGAAGAGAAAAGGCGCGUUAGGAGAGAGAGAAACAAACUGGCUGCAGCUAAGUGUCGCAAUCGACGGCGUGAGCUUACAGACAGGCUACAGUCGGAAACUGACAUUUUGGAGGAGGAGAAGGCAGAGCUGGAAGCUGAGAUCUCAGAGCUGCAGAAGGAGAAGGAGCGACUGGAGUUUGUCCUCAUCACCCAUCAACCAAGCUGCAAGAUCCCUUACCAGGAGGAGCAGCAGCAGACGCCUGCGCCUCCUCCACCACCAUCCUCCUCUGUGGCAGUGGUGGGUUUGACUGUGAAGGAGGACUCGUUCUACCUGCCUCCACCUUACUCGUCCCACCACCACCACCAUCACCAGCAGCACCACCAGCAGCAGCAGCAGCCGGCGCAGCAGCAGCAGCAGCAACAGCAGCAAGGGAUGAUGCAGGAGCCUUCAGCCCCUGAGAGCCCAUUGGACCCUGAAAACCCAUGGAACCUUGAAUGAUGGCCGGCCACCCCAGCACCACAGACAACCCCUUUUUCCAUUCCAGCAUGGAUCGACUGCCACACUUCACAGAGGAAACGCAAGAUAAAAAAACAAUAACAGCUAAAUGUAAACAGGUCAAAACAAGGAACGAAUGACAUUUCAGAGCAGGCAUUGUGUUCAGUUUUCCUUCUUUGACCCAGAGGAGAUGUGGGAUUUAGAAAACUAAAUGUACCUGAUUAACGCAGCAAAGGACUCUGAAGGCUGGUGCCGAUGAUGGAGGAGCAUUUAGAGUUAGAAAUCUUUUCAUGUUCUGGACAUCACUGAGAAGAGGAAAGCAAAAAAGUCACAUGAAAAACAAGCGUGUUUCUUCUGUUCUGCCAAAUACCACCUCUUCUCCAUUAUUUUUCAGACCUUUAUUUUUGUACAAUCCUAUGCCAACUCCCUUUAUCGAAGUGGCUUUCCAUCUGUUUCCGCAAUAGUAUUAGCUUCAACCUGGGGAAAAAAAGUGGCUUAAUGAACCUUAAAAUGCAAAAACUGUUCUUAUUGUGAUUGACACAGGUUUUUCAGUCAGUGCUUGUUACAGUUUGUUACAAAAAGUAGAAAACCUUUUAAACAUUUUAAUCAAAAUCAUUAGAACUGACCCACACGACAGAUCAGCAGGCAGCUGCGGGCUUUUAUUGUGAAAGAGCAUCAAGGGCGAGAAAGCACAACCUCGGGCCAAGUCAGAUUGAGGAAGAUUAACAGUUGUUUAUGAGUCUGUUUAUGAAUCUGAAAACUAUUUUCCUGUGAAUUUGUUAAAUAUCAUAUAUAUAUAUAUAUAUAUAUAUAUAUAUAUAUAUAUAUAUAUAUAUAGUUUUAUAAGGACUUCCUUUUUUCGUUCUGCUUUUUCUCUCGCUUUUGACUGUGUCAUUGGCCAUACUGCCAUACUGUGGAGCUGUGAACUGCUCCUUUUACUCUUUUACUGUUGUCUUAUUGUAAUAAGUAUUGUUAUUUCAUUGUUAUCUUACAUUUGGCAACUAAAAAGACAUGUUGUGCACUAUGAACCUUUUUUAUGUCUUAUAAAGUAACCUAAAAUGCUCUAUACUAUGUAUGCAUAUAUAUAUAUAUAUAUAUAUAUAUAUAUAUAUAUAUAUAUAUAUAUAUAUAUAUAUAUAUAUAUAUAUAAUAUCAACAAUGAUUGUAAUGUAUGAAUGUGCAGAAAUGUAAAAUGGUUAUUUUUGUUAAUGAAGAAAAAAUAGAGGGUCAUCUUGGUGUGGCUGGUUUUGGUUUAAACAUAGAUAUUUUUUUAAAAGAACAAAAAAGUAUAUUAUGAUAUACAAUAAUAGCCCACCUUUCCUUCAAUAUGAGAAGCAUUGUCACUGCCUUUGCUUUGUUGCUGUGUAUUUAUAUGUUCUAUAUAUAAAAACACAUGUCUAUAUGAUGAGUAUUCUGUGGUGCAUAUAACAGUCUAUAUGUAUCACGGGUUUAUAGAGGUAAUGCUGUGCUUUUUUUUUUCAUUCUUUGUCAGUGUGAGGUUGGUCCCACAGUCCUCACUCAGCAACACAAUCCCUGUGGACAAAACACACUGGAUGCUAAAAAAAAAGAAAGAAAGAAAGAAAAAAAUAAUAAAAUAAAAUCAAGUGAUGAUAAGAAUGGUCUCCAUGUAAAGUCUCCAUGUACUUCUGCGAAAAUUCCUAUUGGAAUGUGGUGGUCAAGCAAUAUGAAGAAAUAUUCGAGUAAUAUUUCUGGGUUGAUUUCAACACUCCAGUGUGUACUGUCCUAUGUGAAGCUGCAAACACAUGCGCACAUGCAUAAGCUUUAUUGUUUUUUAUUUUUAUUUUUUAAUUAUUGAUGUUCUCACAUGUGCAAGAUUUUGACAGGAAAUCAAUUCCUAUUAAACAGGUUGAAGUGAACAGCAGGGAUGAUUUUGCCUGCUCAGAAAACAAAGUUUACAAAGGAGCAGUUAAAUGUUCUCAUUGUUUGCGCGAGUGGUAUUUCAUGGGCUGAACCUCAGUAAAACAAAAAUGUGAGGCUACUUUCGUUUAAAAUCCGUACUGCACCUUGAUGCUCGAUGAUCCUGAGAUACUCUUAUAUUGGUUGUUUAGUUGAGACGUUUGGGUUUUAAAUUAAAAAUAAGGAUUUUGUAAAGCAUGGAAGCACUUUGUAAUGUAGAAAGCAACAUUUUUAGGAUCUCAUCCAGCACAAAUUUAGAGUUUGUUGUGUAAUGACAAGGAGUUAAAUUGCACAAAAUGUCAAACACAGGCACAGUGUGUGAAAGUAACAAGCUAGAAGAUUGCGAUCCCUGUGAUGUCUCAUGAUGUACAGACAUCACAUUAUUGCAUGCAGAACGUUCGAAUCUGCCAGACUGGUGCUUAUAGUACGCCGUUGGUGCUUUGGUUAUUCUUAAGCCAAAAUAUAGUGUUACUGUAUCCUUUACUGUAUACGACAUGACACUAAUCGAAGAUUCCGCAUUACGCUGAUGUUCAGUUCAAUUCAGAAACCAACAUUGCUGCAGUGAUUGUCUGGUGUUUUUGAUUAACAAAAAAAUACAUUUUAAAUGCAAUAUAAACAAAUGAAUUACCUGGGGCAACACUGGCAUGUAGCAUAAUAGCUUAGCUGCAAAAAUGGCUUCUCUUAAUGUUUAUUAGUGUCAUAAUGUUGGUGAAUUUGAGGCUUUGCCUUAGUGGAUAUGUUCUUGUCGAUGAACACAUGUUUUGUGUCUCUUUGAUAUCCAAUCUGCUUUUGUGGAAUCAACAAGGGCCUUCUUUAAUAAAUGCAAGUGACCACAUGUGAAGACAGAAAAUGCACAACAUUUUCCUGAGACAUUUUGUGGAUUUUUUAUUUCUUUUUCGAAGUGGUGCCUCUAUUAAUCACAUCAACAAGCACUAUAGAUGAAUAUGAACCAGUCCCUUGUCAAUAUUUGUAUCUCUGGGUGUAUUUUGGUGUAUGAGAUAUGACAAUGUAUAAAGUGUGUUUGUGUGUGUGUGUGUGUGUGUGUGUGUGUGUGUGUGUGUGUGUGUGUGUGUGUGUGUGUGUGUGUGUGUGUGUGUGUGUGUGUGUGUGGGUGUUGGGGAUGUAUUUGGACUGAACUUGGCUGGAAUAUUUUAGGUUCGAGGAUGUAAUUCUGUAGUACAGAAUGCUUUGUCCCUCAUAUACAUAACCACAGUUCCUGGCCAUUCAGCCAUUCUUAUGAGUUCAUAGUAUAUCGUUUUCAAUCUCGAUGGCUUUUGGGGCUUUAACACCAUACUCAUUUAUCUUUCUUAAUUUUUUUUAUUUCACUAUCUUAUUAGCCCUUUACACAAAGAAGAACUUUUUACUUUGUUGUAACAGGCUGUGAACCCUGAGUGUGCUAACCUAAAUGGAUCUCUUCAUGUGACCAUCAUUUCUUGUUUUUUUUUUUUUUUGUUGUUGUUGUUGUUGUUUGUUUGUUUGUUGUUGGUUUUUUAUUACUUUUUUUUUAAGUGGCAUUAAAAUAAACUGAAGCAUAUUGAGUA